UUGAUUAUUAUAUGUUUUUUCUUUCUACGCCGUUUCUCUUUCUCUGUCUCUCUUGCUCUAUCUAAUUUUCUCUCUCUUUCUCUCUCUUUUUUCUUUCUAUGCUCUUUUCUCUUUUUUGAUCUCCCUAUGUUUUUCUUUGUUUUUUCCCUCUUUACUCAAUUUUUAAUUUUUAUUUUUUAUUUUUUUAGUUAUUUCUUUUCAGUUUUUCAUUCAUUUAUUUUAUUUCCAUUUUGCCUUCUUUUUAUUUUCUUUUUUCUUUCUCUUUCUUUUUUUCGUUUUCUUCCAUUUUUUUCUUCUUUCCAUCCUUUUUUUAUUUUAUUUCUUUUUCGUUAUUUUAUUUCUUUGUAUUUUUUUCCGAUUUUGAAUUUUUCCCGCUUUAUUGAUUUUUCUUUCUUUCUCUUUUCUUCUUUCCUUUUCCACUUUAAUUCUUUUUCACUUUCCUUCUUUUUUUCCUCUCUUCUUUCAUUAUAUUUGUCUUUUGUCUUUCAAAUUCCAUUGCUUACUCUUUUCUGUUAUGUAAUUCAUUCCUUAUUCCAAUUCUUCUUUUUUUUACUGCCCUUUUUCUUGAACUUUUUCCAUUCUUCAUUUCUUUUUGUUGUCUUCAUAUCAAUGUGGCACAAGGCCAAUCCCGGUUUCUUGUUCUGUUUUGUUUUUUUGUUAUCUUUUCGUUUUUCUAUCUUUUACUUUCUAAUUUUUCUUUAUUUUUUUCUGUUAUUUUUCCUUUCUUACUACUGUUUUCAUCUCUCUCCCAUUUUUCUUUCCUUUUUUCUUUCUUUUCACUUUAUACUUUUACUUUUUCCUUCUUUUUAUUUUCUUUUUCUUUCUCAUUCACUUUUUUAG